AUGGCUCCCAUGAGUCUCCCUCCAGGAUUCAGGUUUCAUCCAACUGAUGAAGAGCUUGUUGCUUACUAUCUGGAUAGGAAAAUCACUGGUCACACAAUUGAGCUUGAAAUUAUCCCUGAGGUUGAUCUCUACAAAUGCGAGCCAUGGGAUUUACCAGAUAAAUCAUUUUUACCAAGCAAAGAUAUGGAGUGGUAUUUCUAUAGCCCAAGGGAUAAGAAGUACCCGAAUGGUUCAAGGACGAACAGGGCAACACGUGGCGGACACUGGAAAGCUACCGGAAAGGACAGGGCAAUACUGUCUCAGAAGAGGGCGGUUGGCUUGAAGAAGACAUUGGUUUAUUACAGAGGUAGGGCUCCUCGUGGUAUAAGAACUAACUGGGUAAUGCAUGAGUAUCGCCUGGUAGACUCAGUUUCUGCCACUGCUCCAUCAAGUUUAAAGGACUCUUAUGCUUUAUGUCGCAUCUUCAAGAAAAACAUACAAAUUCCUAAAACAAAAGAAGAGAAUAAUAAUGUAGAGAAAGAAGUGGGUCGCGUAUCAGAUGAACAAUUCUCUGGUGACAAUGCAAGUGGAACUGAAAUUUCAAGAGGGAGAGAAAUUGAAGUUGAAGUUGAAGAUGAGAAUGUCAAUACUUCCUCUUCGGAUGUCACUCAAGGAACACCCAAUGAAACUGGCAUGCGAGACCAUUAUCAACCUCCAUUUACCUCAGAUGAAUCCAACAGUUCAGCUAAUUUAUGUUCUCCUGCUGUGGAUUUCUCCGCGAACCUAAUUCAGGAAAUGCAGAUGCCAGGCUACACAAAUCUUCAUUUUCAGGUUCCAUAUCCACCAUUAGAGCUAGAAGACUUCCCACAGAUAAAUAUAUCAGAGACAAAGCCGUCCGAGGCAGAUAUUAUCGAUGAAUGCAUGAUGUAUGACAAGUACAGGGACUACAUGAACGGAUCGUUAUAA